AUGCAUCGAUACUCAUUUCCUCAUGAGCCCGUCGCUCACCCCAACGCCAUCGUCGGAGGUACUGGGAAAUAUCGAUUCACAAUUCUAGCCGAUGGCCUGCUACGCUAUGAAUGGGCCGAAGAUCAUCUGUUUGAGGACCGGGCAUCGGUGUUUGCAAUCAAUCGACGGUUGCCAGUUCCGGAGUUUAGAGUGAAAUAUGACGAUGAUACGCUUCAGAUCAUCACUUCUCGAUUCCACCUCACCUAUAAUAAAGGUGCAUUCUCUGCAAGUGGUCUUAGUGCCUCAGUCAAAGGUCACUUCGGACCUCAUUCCAGCAUUUGGCGAUAUGGAGCCCCAACUUCGAAUCUCGGUGGUACGGCCCGCACACUGGACGAGGUUGAUGGGCGCACGGCGCUUGAGAGCGGUGUCAUAUCCAGAGAGGGCUUCGCGACUUUAGAUGACUCGAAUUCCAUGCUCUUUGACGAGAGCCAAUGGGUGACUUUACGACGAUCAGGCAAAAGGGUAGAUGGAUACCUCUUUGCCUAUGGACAUGACUAUCAACUGGCAAUCCAGGCAUUCUAUCGUCUUUCCGGACCUCAACCCCUUCUUCCUCGCUGGGCACUGGGAAAUUGGUGGAGCCGAUACCACGCCUACACAUCAAGGGAGUAUCUUGAACUGAUGGAAAGGUUCGAGGAGAAGAAAGUUCCACUUUCUGUUGCAGUCCUGGACAUGGAUUGGCACAUUGUGAAUGACCCUCGAGUCAAAGAGGCCGGAGCUUUUAUGGCAGCGCUGCAUGACAAAGGUCUACGCGUUGCCUUGAAUGAUCAUCCUGCAGAUGGAGUUCAAAGCUAUGAAGAACCCUACGAAGAGAUGGCGCUCUCGCUGAAACAUGACACGUCGAUGCGAGACCCCAUUCCAUUUGACAUCACCAAUAGAGCCUUUCUCGAUGCGUUCUUCGAUGUCUUGCACCGAAAGUUUGAAAGGGAUGGCCUUGACUUAUGGUGGGUGGACUGGCAACAAGGAACACACUCUCGCAUCCCAGGCAUCGACCCUCUUUGGGUCUUGAAUCAUUACCACUUCCUGGACAGUGCACUUGACAACAAGCGGCCGCUGGCCUUUUCACGAUAUGCCGGGCCCGGUAGCCAUAGAUUACCCAUUGGAUUCAGUGGAGACAGUUACAUGACGUGGGACUCUCUCAAAUUCCAACCUGAGUUCACAGCCACGGCCUCGAACAUCGGCUAUGGCUGGUGGAGUCACGAUAUUGGUGGCCACUUUCACGGAGACAGAAGCGAAGAAAUGCUAGUUCGUUGGGUCCAGCUUGGGGCAUUCUCACCCAUUCUGCGACUGCAUUCAUCCAACAAUCCUUUCAGCGUAAAGGAACCAUGGAACCUUUCAGAACCAUAUCAAUAUGUGAUGGCAAAGUAUCUCAGCAUUCGCCAUCGACUGGUCCCAUACCUGUACACAAUGAAUGCCCGCACAGCCAUUGGGGGAGUUCCUCUAGUCCGACCGAUGUAUUGGGCCUACCCCGAUAGGGAAGAGGCCUACAACGUUCCCAAUCAGUACAUGUUUGGCUCCGAGCUCAUCAUUGCUCCUGUCACUGAACCUGUCGACGCAAAUUCCCAGAGAUCGGAGGUCAUCGCCUGGCUUCCUCCUGGUAGGUAUGUUGACCUCUCCACUAGCAUCGUCUACGAUGGAAACCGGCGUCUUCGACUUUAUCGUUCCAUCAAAAAAUAUCCAAUCUUCGCACGCGAAGGCGCCAUAAUCCCAACAGAUGGAUCGCUGGCUCUUCGAAAUGGUUGUGAGAACCCUUCUGUAAUCGAGCUCAUAGUAAUCGUUGGUGCCGACGGUCAAUUCGAGCUCUUGGAAGAUGAUGGCAAAGGCCAAUCGGUGGAUCAAGUCGAGUUCCAACGUACUCCAGUCUCCUUCCACCAAAACAGCCAUAAGUUGGUUAUUGGCCCCACAAGCGGUUGUCACUACCAAAAGCUCCACCCCCGCCAAUGGAACUUGCUCCUUGUCGGAUACAAGCGGCAUGGAAAAGUACAAGUAUCCAUCAGUAUGGGCCCUGGUAGUGCAGUUAGAACAGUCCAAGUUGAGGGAGGCAACACGGGAGACGGACGUGGUCAUACUUUCCAAUUGGGAUCGUUUCCCAGUAAUGCAGAGAUCACUGUUCAACUGGAGAAGGAUCCUGCACUUGAUGUGCAAGGUCCCGCGGUUCAGAUCAUCAAAUUUUUGCGCGAGGCCCAGAUGAAUAUGGAUUGGAAGGAUGCUAUGAAGAGCAUCGUUGAGAGCUCCAAGCCCAGGCUGAUUCAGAUUAGCGAGCUGAAUGCUCUUCCUGUUCCUAAUCGUCUGUUAAAUCCUAUCUACGAGAUACUCCUGGCGGACAACCGCUCUUGUGAUCCCCGCGAAAAGUAG